AUGGCGGCAGAAGAAGUUGGAGAUGCUGCUCAACAGAGCUCUGAGAGUACGGAACAGAUAGAAGCGCCGGGUUUUUUGUUGGAGUUAUUUAGCAGUCCCUUAAAUAUUGCACUUCUUGCAAUAUGUUUUUACCUUCUUUAUCAAAUUUUAGCCCGGAACAAACCAGUGGAGGCUCCGCCAAGGCCACCAGAACUCCCCCGGUUGAGGAAGAGAGAUUUCACCAUGGACGAGCUUCGGGAGUACAGUGGUGGUGAAAACACGGAAGGGAGAAUUUUAGUGGCAGUCAACAGUAAAGUUUUUGAUGUCACAAGAGGAAAGAAAUUUUAUGGCCCAGAGAAAUAUGAUUAUAUUGGUAAACUAUUAAAACCAGGAGAGGAGCCAUCAGAAUACUCCGAUGAAGAACAUAGUGAAGCAAGUGAAGCUGAGAAGAAGGAAAACUGACCAAUCUGUUAUAAUUAAUAUUCAUUUUGUAUCUGGAUUAUCUUAAGUGUAUUAUGUUAAAUAUUUGAUUAUAUGUCUUGUAAAAACACAUUUUAAUUUUCUUAGUUUUCUCAUCAAAUCCACUCUGUCGACUUGUUGAUCCUGUACAGCGCUUCUUGUACGGAUCAUGGUUAUCACUCGUCAGUACUGUAAAACCAUUAUAUAUUGACCGAAUUUAAAUUUUGCUGUUUUAUGUUGAUAAUGAAAUUUGCUAAAUUGCAUGCGCAUGGAUUUUUAAAAUUAUAAUAGUGAAUAAGAUCAAUAGUUGAAAUAAAGGUCAGAAAAAUGAAUGGUUUUACAGUACUGUGAACUACAUUUUUUUUUUUAUAUAGCUGGGAUUUAUUUUGCUGAAAACAGCAAAUUGAGUGUUUCCACUUGUUUGACAUAAAGUAUGUGCCAACCAGUGGGAGAGCGGUAUUUUUUGUGGAUGGUAUCAUGAAUUUGUUGUUGAAUCAGCAAAUGUAUUUGGUCAGAGGGAUGCUACAAAAUGCUGUAAUUAUGUAGAGUUAUUCUACGGCUGUUGUAAUAAGGAAAGCAUAUGCGACAUAUAGGAUGGGUUUAUUAGGAGAUAUUCUGGUUCUAUGAAUUGACAUGCAUUACUCGCCUGUUGAUUCAGGGGAUGUGUCACAGUUGCUGGAAAUAAGGCCAGGGACUCCUUUGUUAGAUGCAUGUCCGAUAAUGAGAACACAAUCUUGUACUUUGCGUUUCUGUACAUGAUGUAUUUGUGCAAGGGGAUAUAAUGGUUGCUUUAUCCUUGUCUCUUUCAAAAACUUUUCAAGGCUGAACUCUGAAAUACUGUAAAUUGUAUAAUUUCGGCUGCUCGGAAUUUAAUGGUGUCCGUGGAGUCAAAUUUUGUGAAUCUUUUACCAUGGACUCGUGAAAUAUGAGAACAAAUUGUCCCACAAAGUGAAUGAGAUUUGAUAGAAAUGAAUUAAUAGUCUGCUGUUCUUCUGUUUCAUUUCUGUCCUGACAACAAUGUAUGUCUGUGUCCAAUCUGAUAGCAAUAUAUGUGUGGACAGUUUCAAAAACAGUGCAUUUGUUUUCAUUCUCACAAGUUACCGAUCAUGUUCUCUUUCAAUUCAACAUUUUUCUGCCCCUGAAUAAGAAUUCAUACAGAAAAAUUUGUGCUAAUAUAAGAAAAAUGUGGCUGUCUAAGAAUACAAUUAUUGUGUACUUCUCUGACCCCGACUCCCUCAGUACCGUCACCCCCCCAAAUCCAUUUAUGUUGCAUUAUGGAUUGGUCCAGAAUGGAAUUACUUUCAUUGUGGACACCAGCAAGUCUGGUGGGUCAUCAGUUUCAAGUCAUGGCGAAUUAGUAAGCAAGUUUGCUAACUUACUACCCCAAUACUUUUCGACUUGCUGUUAAGUGUCAGCACUUCAAUAAAGUAUUUUGGCCCAUGUAGCCAUUUCUUUUUAGUUUUCUAAGUUUUAUUUAAUUUAUCAGUAUUCCUACAGUUAACUGAGUGCAUGUUUUCGAAACAGGGUCUCAUACCCGGUGGAUAAGUCUGGUCUAAACACUAACUGGGGAAUGUUGCAUUUACGGGGUAAACAACAGGUACCCUUUCUAGAUUAACUGGAUUCUAGGUAGUACUGUAAAAUCUGUAUUAGAAGCCGCAUCUCUAUUAGAAGUUGUACCCAUUCCUUUUGAACAAUUGAGAACCAAAAAUUCCCCUCUGUUGAAUUGUAGAAGUCACGGCUUCUAAUACAGAUUUUACAGUAGAACACUUUUGAAUGCAACUGGUGCAAUAUUUGUUUUGGGUUAUUUUGCAGCAUAGAAAAUAAAAAUACACUUGUUCCACCAGAUACCCAGGCACCUCAGUUACAACAUCAGGCAAGCAUGCCACAGAUGCUUCUGUAAUUUUCUUAUUUACAGUAGGAACUUUAAUAACCGCUUGAACCAUUGCUAUGAGUGUACCAGAUUGGUAGUUAGAUGUACCUUUUUAGUGUACAAUCAAGUAUAUGUGCAAGGCGUUAGCAAGGACUUCAUGUUUCUGAGGUGCUUGAGGAACCCCCCCCCCUGUCAUUGUGCGAGCAGUCUCGUACGACAUAUUGAAUGCACGUAAUGUACAUUUAGUGCACGCUAUUCGAAUGUAUAUACUUUUGGGUACAAAGGGGUGAUGUAGAAUUAUGUAUCUUUGUUGCAUCUUUUAAUGAUUGUUUAGGUAAAAUUGAGUCAUCACAUUCCUGAAAUAAAAUGAAUUUUCCAGAUG